AGUGAAACCUUAAAGGGAAGGGUAGGGAGGAUGUAUUGACUGUUAGGAAAACACAGAUUACUGGUGGAAAAUGACAUCCUCUAUUAAUAAGAUCUAAGAGCUCUGGGAAGAGUCUUGACAGAGAACCCGAGCUGGACAAAGCAGCCUUGACCUGAGUGAGCUAACUGGCACCAUGAAAACAUCAGGUGUCUUUCUGCUCCUCUCCCUGGCUCUUCUCUGCUUUUUCUCAGAUGUCUUCGGUCAAGGAGCUCAGGUUGACUGUGGUGAGUUCAAGGACCCCAAGGUCUACUGUACUCGGGAAUCUAAUCCCCACUGUGGUUCUGAUGGCCAGACAUAUGGCAAUAAAUGUGCCUUCUGUAAGGCAGUGGCGAAAAGUGGUGGGAAAAUCAACCUAAAGCACCGUGGAAAAUGCUGAAUCAGAACCAGUGUUUUCUGCUGAUUUGCCAGCUCUCUCAUAUUUCUUUACUUGCCUCUGCUUUUACUUUACUUUU